AUGUUGAGGCAGACAUUGGCUCGCUCGGCUUGGCGGACUGGAAAGCAUCCGGCCACCGCGGCCAGCCGGGCCUUUUCCGCGACAGCACAGCGACCGGCCGAAGUCGAGCUUACAGUCGAUGGCCGGAAGGUUUCGAUCGAGGCCGGGUCCGCCCUCAUCCAAGCCUGCGAGAAGGCCGGCGUAACAGUCCCAAGAUACUGCUACCAUGAAAAACUCAUGAUCGCCGGCAACUGCCGUAUGUGCCUCGUUGAGGUCGAGCGGGCGCCUAAGCCCGUCGCGUCGUGUGCAUGGCCCGUACAACCUGGUAUGGUGGUCAAGACCAACUCGCCGCUCACACACAAAGCCCGCGAGGGUGUGAUGGAGUUCCUGCUGGCCAACCACCCCCUCGACUGCCCCAUUUGCGACCAGGGUGGUGAAUGCGAUCUCCAGGAUCAGUCGAUGCGUUAUGGUGCUGACCGUGGCCGGUUCCACGAAAUCGGCGGGAAGCGUGCAGUGGAGGACAAGAACAUCGGGCCCCUCAUCAAGACUUCCAUGAACAGGUGUAUCCAUUGUACAAGGUGCAUCCGUUUCGCCAACGACAUUGCCGGCGCCCCAGAGAUGGGGUCUACCGGCCGUGGUAACGAUAUUCAGAUCGGCACCUACCUCGAGAAGAACCUCGACACCGAACUUUCCGGCAACGUGAUCGAUCUCUGCCCUGUCGGUGCCUUGACUUCGAAGCCCUACGCCUUCCGCGCCCGUCCCUGGGAGCUGAAGCGGACCGAAUCUAUCGAUGUGCUCGAUGGCCUCGGCUCCAAUAUCCGUGUUGACUCCCGCGGCCUAGAGGUUAUGCGCGUCAUCCCCCGGCUCAACGACGACGUCAAUGAAGAGUGGAUCAACGACAAGACCCGAUUCGCCUGCGAUGGCCUCAAGACCCAGCGGUUGACCAUUCCACUGGUACGCAGGGAGGGCAAGUUUGAGCCGGUAUCUUGGGAGCAGGCUCUAACAGAAGUCUCGCACGCGUAUCGGACCCUAGCUCCCAAGGAGAAUGAAUUCAAGGUCAUCGCUGGUGAGCUCACCGAGGUCGAGUCCCUGGUGGCGGCCAAGGAUCUUGCAAAUAGGCUGGGCUCCGACAACCUCGCCCUUGACAUGGCUAAUGGCGGUCAACCGCUUGCCCACGGCAUCGAUGUGCGGUCUAACUACCUCUUUAACUCCAGGAUCUGGGGUAUCGAGUCAGCCGACUGCAUCCUCCUAGUCGGUACCAACCCGAGGCACGAGGCCUCCGUUCUGAACGCUCGUAUCCGGAAACAAUGGCUGCGCUCCGAGUUGGAGAUUGGCGUUGUUGGCCAGACCUGGGAUUCCACAUUUGAGUUUGAGCACCUCGGUACUGACCUGGCCGCGCUCAAGGACGCCCUAGCUGGUCCUUUCGGCCAGAAGCUCCAGGCGGCCAAGCGGCCCAUGAUCAUCGUGGGCUCCGGUGUCACUGAGCAUGCUGACGCUAAGGCUUUCUAUGAGCUUGUUGGCCAGUUUGUUGACAAGAAUGCUGCUAACUUCCUGACUGAGGAGUGGAACGGCUAUAACGUCCUCCAGAGGGCUGCUUCACGGGCCGGUGCUUUUGAGGUCGGCUUCACCACGCCCUCCACCACCGUGGCGGAGACCAAGCCCAAGUUCGUUUGGCUCCUGGGCGCCGACGAGUUCAACGAAGCCGACGUCCCCAAGGACGCCUUUAUCGUCUACCAGGGUCACCACGGUGACCGAGGUGCCCAGAUCGCCGACAUUGUUUUGCCGGGCGCGGCAUAUACCGAGAAGGCCGGCACCUACAUCAACACUGAGGGUCGCGUGCAAAUGACACGUGCCGCGACCGGCCUCCCCGGUGCCGCCCGCACUGACUGGAAGAUAAUUCGUGCUGUGAGCGAGUUUCUAGGCACCCCGCUGCCCUACGACGAUGUCGCACAGCUGCGCGACCGCAUGACCGAGAUCAGCCCCGCACUUGCCGCCUACGAUAUCAUCGAGCCCGUCGCUCUGGGCCAGCUUAGCAAGGUGCAGUUGGUUGAGCAGAACAAGGGUGCCAACGUCACAGGGUCACCGCUGAAGAGCGUUGUGGACAACUUCUACUUCACUGAUGUCAUCUCGAGGAGUUCCCCAACAAUGGCACGCUGCUCAGCAGCCAAGGAGACGGGUGACCCGCGCACAAAUUUUAUGGCGCCGGGGAUGGAGGAGGACCGGCCAAUGGGCCAGGUUGCAUACGGAGCAUAA